AUGGUUUCAAUGGCGUUAGAUGGUAAUUUGAAGGAGUUGUUAAAUGACACAUCUAGGCUAUUUGAAGCAAUCGAAUCAGACCCACAAUUCAAAGUAUCCAACACCACCGAUUCUAAACCCGACGAGGCAAAAAUAGAAGAGGUUCUGGAAGCAGAUUCUGAACUUACCAAAGAACUAGCACGUCUCAAUCAACUUAAAAUUUUAUCUGAUUUGAUUAAGGAAUUCAAUACUAAUUACGAGUUCAAUGAGUUGGAAAAUUGUUAUUAUUCGUUGCAGAAUCUCCAUAAGAAGCUCCAAGAGGUGAACAUAUCUGGAGAGAGUUUUAUGUUUCAACAAUCAGUGGCCAGGUACGUUGAUGACCUCCAUUUGAAAUUGUUGAAUCGUUUAAGGGAAUUUUUAAGUAAGUUUUGGAGCUUUUCUCAAGAAGAGGUUUCGUUUCGAAAGACUAUCGAGAUUGAUUCCAAUCUAUUGCAAUUCGAUGAAUUGAUUAAUAUGUUCGAAAACACAUUCUUAAACCAAAAGACCAUAGAUCAAUCCAAUUGGUUCAUUGCCAGCACAAAUCUUGAUUCAUCUAAAGAGCAAGAAAUUACGGUGUUGCAGGAUAUACUUGAUGAAUACGUUAAACUCAACCCGCUUAUAUCGAUGUUGAAACGUUUUGCCUUCGGAGAGGAUUGCACACUUUUGGUACCCGAUGAUAAAACUUUAAGACUAAAAGCUGAAAAAUGCAGCCCUCUAAAACGGGUUCAAAGUUAUGAAUUGUUGGUUGAUUUCAUUCGUAAUGAUCUCAGCAAACAUUCUCUAGAGAGUAUUAUGACACAAUUCGGGAAUAUACUUCUUCUCGAGUUACUAAAGAUUAUUCGUAAAAAUCCUGAACUUCUAUCUAAUGAUAAAGAAGCUACGACAAAGGUGCUUUCUAAUAUCCAUGAAGGACUCAAAAAUAUUGCUAAUGAUAGUAACUGGUUUUAUGAUGAAUCAGACCUAAACCGCAUCCUUAAAGACGAAAAUAUCUACACAGUUUUGAAGGUAGAAUCGAUGAUGCAGAAUUUGAUUCUUAAGAUUCGCUCGAUACCUGAUGAAAAUUACAAUAAGUUAAUUAAAGUACCUGUAAACUCGGGAUCCAAUGAACAUUCUAAUACGGACUCAAAGAAAAAGGCAAGCGACGAGGAUGAAUGGGAAUGGGAUGAUGAUAAAGAAAACGAAGAGCCUGAUGGCUGGGCUGAGGAAUUAGAUUUGGAUAUAGAUGAUAUUCCACUAGAGGUGUCUGCAUUUACGGAAACUGCUAUCGAGAUUUUUGAAUCAUAUGAGAACGAGUGCAAUGAAAUUGGGCGUGCUAAGUUGGAGUCCAUAUAUAACUAUAAGUUCAACUUGCUACAAACGAGCUUCUUCGCUAUGGCUACUUCAAAAGUAGAUGACUGGACACAGUUGUUCAAAGAUAUGAAGUACAUCACGAAUGGAAAUCCAAGGCUAACACAGUUAGUGGAGUUGAGUACUAGAAAUGUCGAGAUAAAUCUCAAUUUCAUAAAGAAGAAAAUCUACAAAAUCAUAUGCGACCAAUUGAAGCAGCUCAGAGAACACGAAAGAAAUCCCGAUUGGAGCAUCACACUUUCCCAAUUGCUGCCUUAUAUCGAGGACAGUGCUUUGCCCACUCUCUACAAACUAGAAGACAACAAUAUAACUGCCUCCAUCGUUGCUUUCAUAGUGCACGACGUAGUAAUAGACCAGAUAUUAAAUUGGAAUGUCAUCUCGGAGCAAAGUUCUGAAAACUUGUCUGAAUUCAUCAAACUAUUACUUGGCAGUCUUCAAAUACCAAGACUAAAUCUGAUCGACGUUUACCGUCACUCAAGAGAAAAACUAGCCGCUGUUAGCAAGAUCCUCACAGCACACUUGAAAGAUAUUUUGGAAAUGUUGUAUGAAGGAGAGUUUUUCCUUUUUGAAACAGAUGAAAUAGUUCAAUGGAUCGUUUUACUUUUCGCCGAUACUCCAUCGAGAAGAGACUGCAUUAAUGAAAUCCGGAAAGUGAGGGAAGAGGCAGACACAGAAUAA